UGCGAGAUACCCAUGUGAAAUGGCCUACCUUGGCUAGGGAAGCUAGUGGAGAAGAAUAUGAGAAAUGGGAGUCCAUAAUAGAUGAAAUCUUCACUAGCUACAACUAUUCACAAGAAAUGAAGAUGGACUUAGCCGUUCAAACUUUUGACUCAAAGCUUGUCAAAUAUUGGGAGUAUGUGAAAUGUUGUGGGAGACAAGUGAGGAGUCCCAUCAAGACUUGGGAGGACAUGAAAAGGAUAUUGAGAAGCCAAUAUCCCAAGCCACAUGUGAGAAGAAAUGAAUCUUUGAGGGGUACCUCUUUUGAGAGAACCCCAUGCUUGAAGGAAAGGACGGCGGCCACAACCAUUCCUUCCAUUGGUCAAAGGAGCUUGCAUGAACACCAAGGUAAGAUCACUUAUCCUUAUACUCCUACAUCUUCGUAUGAUUUUAAUGUCAAGUCAAGUAUGAAAGUUAGUUUACCUUGCGUUAAGCCUAAUGCUUCUUUGCCGUGUAUUGGUAAUGCCAUUAUUGAAAGUGUCCCCACACUAGUUGAUCCUAUUGAUGACCGAAUUGAUCCUUCUUGUAAGGUUGAUUUGUGUCCACCUAGUGUUGACACUUGUGCUUUGAAUGAUAGUGCAUUAUUGAAUGAAGGUGCUCAAACACUAGUUGAUCCUUUAGAUGACCAAAUUGAUUCUUCUUGUAAGAUCGAUUUGUGUCCACCUAGUGUUGACACUUGUGAAUUGAUUGGUAGUACAAUGUCAUGUGGUCAUCAUGUUAGUAAUUCUUGCGAGUUUGACAUACUACCAACUCGCGUUGAAGCUUGUAUUGAUCAACUUGCUUGUAAUGAUAAUUCACUACUUGAGGAUCUUUGUGAUGUGUUUAAUGUACCUCUAGUUAGUGAUGAUGUUGAUAUAGUUGGUCAAUUGAAAGAAUGUGACAUCUCACCCUUGUUUGUUUCAUGUCAAAAUGAGUCUCUUGAUCGUACUUUAGUGUCAAGUGAUAAGACUCCAAUUUGUAGUGGUGAUGUGUGUCAUGUAGAUAGUCAUGUGAGCAAAAAUGCAUUGAAAGAUGACAUUGGUUCUUUUGAGAGUGAAAUGAUAUGCUUUGACUCCUCAUUGUUCAUGGAUUACUCUCUUGUAAAGGAUAAUGUUUUAUUUGAGGAUGACAUGACUAUUGCGAGGGAUAAACCUAGUGGGGUGAUUGGUAAUGUUGAACGUUUAGUUUCCUUUGGAGACUAUAAUGUGAUAUGUAACCCACUAUGGGAUGAAGACACUCUUUCCCAUGAUGGAGAUCUUCCUUUGAGGAAUUAUGAUCCAUUUGUGGGGAAGGAAAGUGUUACAAAGGAAGGUAAUUCUUGUCUAGAACUUGCAAAUUCUUCCUUUCAUGUUCAACUUCAUAGUAGCCCCUUGGAUAAUCUUGUCCUUGAACCGUAUGGUGAGGUUACAUUGGGGAGUGAUAUUGAUGAGGAAGUUAUUUUACGUGAUACCUUUCUUUAUUACUUUGCAUCUUAUGUGGGAGAAGGCUCUUAUGAUCUAGCCGAUUGUGUUCUUGACCAUACUAGAUGGAUGUUCGUCCCCUUUGAACCGGGUGACACCUUGUGUGAUUUGAGAGCACUAUCUUGGGGGAGUCCUUGUUUGAAAAAUGAGAGUGUUCUUGUUUGGACAUUAUGCUACAUGUCAAAUAGAACCAAUGUCGAGUUGCAUACUUCAUAUUUUGAAUCCAUUGGUUUUAUUACUCUAUCCUUAUGUCAUGAACCUUGGAGGAAUCAACUUCUUGAUACCUCAUGUGUGCAAAUGUUAGUCAUGAUUGUCAUAGAUGUGUGGUUGUACCACAAGUUUGUUCAUCCUUGGCAUGAAUAUGUGAUUAUUGCGUUGUGUGCUAACCCUCAAUCCUUGAGGAGUAUGUUUUCGUAUGUCUUCCCUUGGGUCUUGCUAGGUUCGGAUUCGAGGACGAAUCCUUUUGAAAAGGGAGGAUGA